GCGAAACCUGCGGACCAGACAGCGACAUUGUAGAAACAGAAGACCCGCCCGCGUAAUCUGCCUCCAUCCUGUGCCCGAUGGCCGAUACCAAGGAUAAACCAGAAGAGCGUGACACCUCUGUUGACAAUACAGAAGAUUCAAAUCAUGACCCUCAUUUUGAGCCCAUAGUUUCACUGCCAGAGCAAGAGAUUAAGACACUUGAAGAAGAUGAAGAAGAACUAUUUAAAAUGCGUGCAAAGUUGUUUCGAUUUGCAUCAGAAAAUGACCCACCGGAAUGGAAAGAACGGGGCACAGGCGAUGUUAAAUUGCUGAAACACAAAGAGAAGGGAACAAUUCGUCUCUUGAUGAGGAGAGACAAGACACUGAAGAUAUGUGCAAAUCAUGCUAUUACCCCUGUGAUGGAACUGAAGCCUAAUGCGGGAAGUGACCGGGCAUGGGUUUGGAACACAUAUGCUGAUUAUGCAGAUGAAUUGCCAAAACCUGAACUACUGGCUAUUCGAUUUUUAAAUGCAGAAAAUGCACAGAAGUUCAAGGCAAAAUUUGAAGAAUGCAGAAAUGAAGUGAAGAGUAAUAAAGAAAAAGAUACAACCAAAAAUGAUAGUGCCGACAAAGUGGCAGAGAAACUAGAAGAGCUGUCUGUAAAGGAGGCAAAAGUGCAAGACAAGCAAGAAGACCCCAAGCAGGAUAAAGCAGAGGAAAAGCAAUAAAUCAUCCAGAGCCUUGUACCUUUUGUUUUUACAAGGGACUUUAUAACAAAGAAAAAAGAACUGAGUUAAACAUUCAGGUUGUUUUUUCUAAGCUUUUGCCCUUAAGAAGAAAAAAAAACCAUUCCCCGGUCAUGAAAAAAUGUACUGUGUUCACUUUUCUUUUUCCAUAGUGGAAACACUUAUUUAUAGUCAUCCAUACUAUUGAAUAAAGCCAGUCUGAAGAAAAAAAAGUUCAGAGAAUGGGACUUUAAUCUCCAAUUGCUAUGUAUAAAUGAGAUGUUGCAGUAGUCUUGGGGCUGGACAACAUAAACCUGAUGUCAUUUCAAUUAACACUGCAUAAUUAUUUUUUUUUCUUCAGGAAGGUUUGAUUGGAUGAAUGGUGUGGUUAUUUUGCCCUUGGUAGUAUGAAUCUGUUAACUGAAGAAUAAAUUUGUGCUGACAACU